CCUAUUCAACCUGGCGAGUACGUCGAACGUCAGAAACGAUUGGCCAAGGUUUUGAAAGACGAGAACGCCGGUGCAUUGGUUGUGGAGCCAGGGCCGACGAUGACAUAUUAUACCAACAUUGCCUGGUCUCUUACAGAACGUCCAUUUUUGGUCGUCCUGCGUCUGGAUGAUGAGCUUCCCUCAGGAAUCAAUAUGACCAUCGUUACACCUAUGUUUGAGGCCACCAGAGCAUUGGAAGCCCUCAAGAGAGCCAAUUUAUCCGAAGAGAUCCAGCCAAGUGUGAUCGAGUGGGUCGAAGAUGGCUCACCUUACAAGGCUGUCAAGAAGGCACUCGGAGGCGCCAAUGAGGGAACCGUUUUUGUAGACAAGGACAUUAGAAUGUUUAUCUUUGACGGAAUCGAUGAUGUAUCUAAUGAAAUUAAAGUAAAGAUGGCUCCUCGGUCUAUCCGUACCUUGCGCAUGGUCAAGUCUUCUGCAGAGAUAGAUAUUCUGCGAUGUGCAAACCAUGCUACCUUGGCUGCUCUACAACUCGUCCGUACCUAUGUCCAGCCCGGUAUGGUCGAAAGUGAGAUCACAAAGAUGAUGACCGAUGCUCUCGAGACAGCAGGUCUUGAUGAGACUUGGGUCUUGGCCUUGGUUGAUGAGAAUGCUGCUUUCCCUCACGGCGAGCCCGGUAUACAAAGAACCGUUACUGAAAACAGUACUGUCCUGAUUGAUACUGGUGGAAGACUACUCGGAUAUCAGGCUGAUGUGACCAGAACCUUUUUCUUGAGUGAGCGUGGACACAAUCAGACAAUUGAGGAUGCCUGGUAUUCAGUACGACGAGCACAGGAGAAUGUUCUCAACCGUAGUAAUUCUGGUGACUCAUGUGCAGAAGUUGAUCUUUACGCAAGACGGGUAAUUGAAAAAGCUGGCUUUGGUCAGUUUUUCACCCAUCGAUUGGGUCACGGUAUUGGCGAGGAGAUGCAUGAAGAGCCUUAUAUGAACCAAGGAAACCAUGAACAACACCUUUCUCCUGGAAUGACGUUUAGUGUAGAACCCGGAAUUUAUAUAACCGGCGAGUUUGGUAUUAGACUCGAAGACAUUGUUGUAGUUAAUCAAGAAGGCAAGCUAGAAGUUCUGACUAGUGGACUAGCUCAGAACCCGUGG